CAUCAGGAUUAGUGCAGCAGGUAUUUAAGCUCAGUGUGUGUCAGUGUGUGAGAGCAGCAUGCAGCAGAUCUACAGACAGAGCGACCAGCAGCUUGAAGUUUAUACCACCGUCUUCUCCCCACAAGUCUGCAGGUCGCGGACGAGGACGAGACAUGUGGAGGCAGAGAAGGUGGUGGUGGCAGUGACGCAGCACCGCUCCUGCUGGCAGAGGGAGCUGGACCUGAACCAGGGAGACCUGAUCCUGGUUCUGUUUAAGGAGGACGAGACCUGGUGGUUCGGACGGCUGACCAAUGGAAGCGAGGGUUUCUUCCCUGCAGCCUGCGUGCAGCCGCUCCAGGGCGGAGUUUCAUCCAGAGCCACGCCCACACUGCUGAGGAGGGGGUCAGUGCCAGUCGUGAUGACAGCAGGCGCCCCCUGUGGCUGCACGAGUGGUCGCAGCACUCCCAAGCUGCUGAGGAAAAGCAGCAUCCGCCGGCCGCUGGGACUCGACGGGCCCUCAGCGGCGGGGGGGUCGGCAGCUUCUCCUCGCGGCUCCCCCAGCCUCCUCCACCGCGUCCUGGCUAAGUCCAGGAGGAAGAGCUGCCCCCAACUCCCCCACCCUCCCCUGGACACCGGCUCCGUCAAUGUCGCCUUCCAGCCGGACUAAACUGAACACUGACGUGAGGAGUCACAGCUCUCUGACACCUGGACACAUUCAGAUCGUCAUGGAAACAGCUGAUAGUGACCGGCGGCUGAUACGGAUCAGGAAGCUGCAGACAGGAUCGCUCUCAUGCUCCUGCUGUUUCAGUCACUGACAGUCUCACGUAGUUGGCUCGCAGCUUCCACUCGGUCGUUUCCUUUGAAACAACAGUAAUUCUAUUUUUGUCAAAUUCUUCUCGCACAUACAAAGUGCUCGGAUGUAUAACGAGACCUGGAUACAGUGCAGGAACAACCCGCCCCCCUCUCCCUCUGAUUGGCUCACACGCGUUGCCUUUGUUGGUUGGAUUGGUCAGAGUAAGAAUGUCAGGGUGAGCCAAUCAGAAGCAGAGUAAGCCGGACCGUUCCUUCCCUAUCCUGGGAUCUGCAAAGUCUCAUUGGAGGCGGGGCCACGUUCUUAUCGUUGUCGCUCGGUGUAUAAAAACACCUGGACACAUGAUCCAACAUGGCUUCUGUUCAUCCCAAUGACACCGCUCACCUGGCGCUGAAACGUUUGUAGCUUCCAGGUUUACCUCUGUGGUGUGUGGCCCACUGAACAUGUGCAGUAGUGUCUCUCCUGCUGGCCCCGCCCACCAGUUCCUGCUCAGGUUAGACUUUACAUCGUGAUGACGUUGCAGAUUUUUUUAAAAAUUUCUCGGCUUGAGGAAAUAAAAUAUAAACCCUCCCUGUAUCAAAACUUCGUCCUGCCCACAGUUCAGACGUCUCUUUAUGACGGAGGGUUAUGGGGCAAAUGAUUUUUAGGCUGCAGGGAUUUUUUCACCGUAACACAGCGAGUGGCCGCAGUGAGGCUGAGCGGCGUUCCUGAAGGCCUGCGGCUUACCGCAACAUGAAACCAAAACAGCAAAAAUAGUUCGACCUCCUGAGGUAAAAUUUCGUGGAUCUUCCACGUCAUGGGGCCCAAAGAGCAGCCGGACCACAGAAUUCCUCCGGUCGAGUGGCUAACUUCCUGUUUAGCACUCCGCAAAGUUGAAUGAUAAAAUAAUGUCGUGUUGCAGCGCUUCCAGACGUUCCCGGUGUUCCUGGACUGAAUAGAUUUUCGGUGCCAUGACAUCAUCAUGACAGCAGGAAGUUGUAACUCCACCGUUCGGCCAUUUUGUCAAACUGGCUUCAAAGCGUGCAGCUGUUCCUGGGUAAACACCGCCCACGUCAAGUGGACUGAUGUCAGGUCACAUCCAAGUGACUCGUGACUCGUCAGGUCAGAGGACUCGACCUGACGACAUGAGGAAGCUGCGGUCUGUGUUCUCUCUGAUCAGAACAGGCUGAAUGUUAUAAACCCUGCGUGAAGGGUCGACGGCGUCUCGCAGCAGUGAAACGUCUGAUGAGGUCAUUAAUUGAUUCUCAACAGGAAAUGAAACGUAUUGAGUUGCUGGUUUUUACUGCACAACUGUUUAAAUAAAGUGUUCAGU